AUGUCCAACAGCAGCUCCAUCAGCCAGUUCCUCCUCCUGCCAUUCGCAGACACGUGGCCGCCGCAGCCCUUUCAAAAACGGGCUCCCCUCCUGGGCACCAGCCUCAUCAUCACCACCAUCACCUGGGACCACCCCCUCCACACCCCCAUGUACUUCUUGCUCCUCAACCUCUCUGUUCUGGACCUGGGCUCCAUCUCCACCACUGUCCCCAAAGCCAUGGCCAAUUCCCUCUGGGACAAGAGGAGAAUCUCCUACCUAGGAUGUGCUACUCAGCUCUUUUUCUUUGUCUUCUUCAUUGGAGCAGAGUAUUGUCUCCUCACCGUCAUGGCCUAUGACCGCUACGUGGCCAUCUGCCAACCCCUGCACUACGGGACCCUCAUGGGCACCAGAGCUUGUGCCCACAUGGAAGCAGCUGCCUGGGCCAGUGGGUUUCUCAAUGCUCUCCUGCACACGGCCAAUACAUUUUCAGUGCCCCUGUGCCAGGGCAAUGCUGUGGGACAGUUCUUCUGUGAAAUCCCACACAUCCUCAAGCUCUCCUGCUCACACUCAGACUACCUCAGGGAAGUUAGGCUGAUUGUGGUUAUUUGUUGUUUAGGCUUUGGGUGUUUUGUUUUCAUGGUGGUGUCUUAUGUUGGGAUCUUCAGGGUCGUGCUGAGGAUCCCCUCAGUGCAGCGACGGCACAAAGUCUUCUCUACGUGCCUCCCUCAUCUGGCCGUGGUCUCCUUGCUUGUGACCACUGGCAUCUUUGCCAACCUGAAGCCCCCCUCCAUGUCCUCCCCAUCCCUGGACCUGUUGGUGUCAGUUUUAUACUCGGUGGUGCCUCCAGCAGUGAACCCCCUCAUCUACAGCCUAAGGAACCAGGAGCUCAAGGAUGCUCUCAGAAAAUUUUUGGCUUUUUCUGAUUGUGAAGCAUAA